AGUACAAGAAAAAAAAAACAGCAUUUUCAUAGAGAUCUAGUUUUGAAUUAAUAGUAUAGUACAAUGAGUGUUAUAAUUACUAAAAAUGUGACUAUGUCCUGCCCUAAGGUUCCCCUGGGAUGGCGAUCAAGAUCAUAUCAGGCCACCCCUUGUAUGCAUUUUAAUUCAGCGACCAUCAAAUGCCGCAUUUCAACCAUCCCAAACCGAACUCGAAAGGCUGAUCAAAAACCGAAAAGUUUAGAAGAAUUGCGAGAAUGUAUGAGAAAAGAACUUGUUUCUUCGUCCAGUCCGACAACUACACUAAAGUUGAUAGAUUCAAUCCAACGAAUCGGAGUUGGAUACCAUCUCGAGGAAGAAAUUAAUACGAUACUCGAGAAAUCAAUGGAAUGGAACGCGGGCGAAGAUCUCUUUUCCACUGCACUUCGCUUCCGCUUGCUCAGGCAUAACGGCUUUCCUGCUCAAUCUGAUGUUUUCAGGAAGUUCAUGAACAAGGAUGGAAAAUUCAAGGAAUCUUUACGAAAAGAGGCGUCGGGUAUGGUGAGUUUGCAUGAGGCAUCGUACUUGGGCACAGUAGAUGAAGAUGAACUAGUGGAAGCCAUGGAAUUCACAAGAAGUUGCAUAGGGUUGGAUGUUCCUAGGCACCUGAGGAUGCCAAGGUUGGAAGCUAGAAAUUACAUUCAUCACUAUAGCUUGCAAACCAACAACAACAUAACUCUAAAAGAGUUGGCCAUAUUGGAUUAUAAUCAUGUCCAAUCACUCCAUCGAAAUGAGUUGGAUGAGAUUGUCAGGUGGUGGAAACAGUUGGGAUUGGUGGAGAAGCUUGGUUUUGGGAGAGAUAGACCACUGGAAUGCUACCUUUGGACUGUGGGAAUAUUUCCAGAGCCGUAUAAUUCAAUUUGCCGUAUCGAAUUAACAAAAACAAUUGCAAUCUUACUAGUUAUUGAUGAUAUUUUCGACACUUACGGCUCAUUACCUGACCUAAUUCUCUUCACCGACGCCAUUCGAAGGUGGGAUCUUAAUGCAAUGGAAUCACUUCCAGAGUAUAUGAAGAUAUGUUAUAUGGCAUUGUACAACACUACUAAUGACAUUGCGUAUAUUAUUCUUAAACAACAUGGAUUCACCAUUGUUUCUCACUUAAAAAAAACGUGGAUAGACAUGUUUGAAGCUUUCUUAGUUGAAGCGAAAUGGUUCAACAAUGGAUAUGUGGCCACUCUCGAGGAAUAUCUACAUAACGGGGUAACCACUGGAGGCACUUAUAUGGCAUUGGUUCAUUCUUUUUUUCUCAUGGGGCGUGGUCUUACUCACCAGACAGCGGCGAUGAUGCAACCAUACCCUCCUCUCUUCUCUUUCUCAGGAAGAAUUUUAAGGUUAUGGGAUGAUCUGGGAACUGCAAGGGAGGAGCAAGAGAGAGGAGGAGAUGUGGCAAGUAGCAUAGAAUGUUUAAUGAGAGAAAAAAAUAUUUCAAACGAGGAAGAAGGAAGGAAACAAGUAAGGCAAGUUAUUCGAAGCUUAUGGAGAGAGCUGAAUGGUGAAGUAAUGGGAGGAAGUGCAAUGCCCCUAUCGAUCAAGAAUGCUUCAUUAAAUCUAGCAAGAACUGCCCAAGUUAUAUACCAGCAUGCCGACGACAACAAUGGUUCGAGCGUUGAUGAUCAAGUACAAAAACUCAUCUAUCGACCGAUCCCACUGCUGAUGCCACGAAAUUGAGGUGAGACGGAAAAUUCAGAAUUGAGUGGAAAUGUAGAUGAACCGAUGGCAUCAUACGUUAUACAACUGGCGUGGCUACCAUUUUAAAUUCAAUAUUCAAUUUAACCGUCUAAAAAAAUAUUUAUAAUUUUAAGGGUUAAUUCCAUAAAAAGUCACGACCUUUACACGAAUUUUCAUUUUAAUCACGACUUUUAAAAGUUGCCAUAUAAAACUACGACCUUUCAUUUUUUUUUUAAAUCUAUCACCAAAUCAAUUUCUGGUGUAUUUUUGAUGACGUGGCCACCAUAAUCCGGCAGAUUUGAAAAAAAAUAAAGAGUAAAAUUCACCGGAAAAAAUAGUCGGUGAUAGAUUUGAAAAAAAAAAUGAAAGGUCAUGGUUUUAUAUGGCAAUUUUUAAAAGUCGUGAUUAAAAUGAAAAUUCGUGUAAAAGUCGUGAUUUUUUAUAGAAUUAACCCUAAUUUUAAACCAUUAUUCUUUCCUUCUUCUCUUAUUAUUACUUUCCGAAUAAUUGUUUCACACAUCUAUUGUACCACAUUAUUUGUAU